CCUCAAGUUUCCUUCAGUUUUCGUUCGUUCCCCAAAGUGCCAACAGUCACAUUGCUCGACACGUCGACUAUUUUUUAUUUCAUUCUCCUGAAUCCCGGUGACCUUUGGGUUUUUUUCAUAACUUAAAAUCUUAGCUUCCGUUAAAAGACCCCAAGGGUUCUUUUCCGUGCAGGCUCCACCCAUGCUAACUUUGUAAAAAAUUGCCAUUUCGCGAGUCUUCCGCAUUGAGGACAAUCAAAGGUGAACUAGCAACUGGCUUGGUAACAACUUCACUAUCAAAACUACGUUCAUUAUUGACCACAUUCAGAUGACUCCCUCUGUAUCUGUAAUCUGCGUCAUUUUGAUGCUCCUGAACUCGCUUUCAUCUGCCAAUGGCAAUAGCGGUUGGAGCGAUGGCGGUGGGGAUGUCAAAUGGCGUAUGGAUUGUGAUUUUCCCGGCUUCGACAUUGAGAAAAUCGAAAGUCCAGGGGAGCAGUGUGGCACGAUUUGCAUAGCCAAUCCCCAGUGUACUCACUUUACUCAUGCGAGCGGGCAAUGUUUUUUGAAAGCUGCACCUUUAUCAACGCCUCACAUUUCCCUCCAGCCCGACCGCAAUGCUAUGUGUGGCUUUGUCCCCUGGAAAUUUCAGCCAGGGAGAGACCAUUGGAACACUGACAAAGGUGGUCUCAAAUGGCUUCUGAAUUGCGACUUUUUCGGCAACGACAUUGGACAACAAGCCGGUACUGGAGAACAAUGUGGCAGUCUCUGCCUGGCCAAUCCCGAAUGCAGCCAUUUUCGUUUCAUCCACGGGAUUUGUUUCAUCAAAAAGGCACCACCAUCCACGCAACGAACAGCGACUAACGGUGGCAUGUGUGGUUUCGUGCCCUGGAGAAAAAGCUCUUGCCCAAAUGUUGGCGGUUUGGAGUCGACAUGCAGACCACUUGUUGAAUGUGCUGUCUGGUACGAUUUGCUUCUGACCACACCCGGAACAUCCUGCAUCUUAUCUGACGGGAAAACCCCUGGGGGCUGUUGUCCUGGUCUUCUACAAAACAGACACAAUGGCCAAUAUUUCGAACAGCCCAGUUACGGGACGAAUCACGAUUUACAGUUGGAGUCCAACCUUCAAUCUCAACUGGGUGCUGCGCAACAGGCCAGUCAUGUCCUGUUUCAGUCACUGGGCACAACAGAGAAAGAACUCAUCGAUAAUAAUAUCGUGGUAAUGCCGGGCUCUGCUUCUGCGGCGCAUUCACUCUUCUUCCACACGACACACGAGACGCAGAAAAUCAAUCUUGAAUCACUGGUUGACGUUUACACAGCCCAAGAGCUUGUCAAGAGGGUAAGACUUGAACCGAAUCAAGUGGCUUCUGCGUUGAGUCGAUUCAAGAUCCAUUGUCCAGCUGGGCCUGUUUGCAGUGAUGCAACAAGGCAUUCUCCUUUUCGAACAUUAGAUGGUUCGUGCAAUAACAUCCAGCAUUCGACUUGGGGCAAGUCUCGCACCCAAUUCCAACGCAUCCUCUUACCACUUUACGCCGAUGGUGUGCGAGAACCACGACGAGCCAAAAGUAAUAACGAACUACCAAGUGCUCGUCUUGUGUCCACGUCCAUCAUCCGCGAUAACAACGAUCACGUCCAUUCGUCAAAUACUUAUUGGGUCACACAAUUUGGUCAGUUUAUCGAUCACGACAUCACGCAAAAUGUCCAAUCUAAAAUGGACAACUUGACGGAUAUCGAGUGUUGUACGCCAAACGGACAAUUCAUUGACGAAGACUUGGUCCAUCCUGAAUGCAAUCCAAUCAAAAUUCCCCAAAACGAUCCGUUUUUCUCCAAGUUUGGUCGACGUUGCAUGUCGUUUGUGCGUUCAGCUCCCGCACGCAGGUCCGACUGCAGAUUGGGCUACGCCGAACAGAUGAAUGACAACACUCAUUUCUUGGACGCAUCGCAAGUGUACGGCUCCGAUGAGAAACACGCCAAACAAUUGCGAUCGACAACCGAUAAAGGCCGACUCGACGUGACUCACAAAUGGAAAUUGCCAGCUGGUCAUCACCAGAUGGACUUGCUACCGCCCGAUAACAGCGUCAAAGAUCCUUGCACGUUAUCCAAAGCAGUGUCAGGCGUCGACCGACCCAAACACGUCAAAUGCUUCAACGCAGGUGACCCAAGAUCGAACGUCACGCCGAAUUUGGCAGUCUCCCACACUGUUCUGUUGCGCGAGCACAACCGAAUCGUGAUGGUCUUGUCCGGCCAGAACAUGCACUUGAAUGACGAGCAACUCUACCAGGAAGCUCGACGUAUUCUAAUCGCUCAAAUGCAGCACAUCACUUACAACGAAUGGCUGCCCAUCGUGAUCGGCAAGAGUAAAAUGCAACAGCUCGGUCUCCUCCCACUUCACAAUGGAUUCAGCCGGGAUUACGAUGCCAAAGUCAAUCCAUCCAUCGUGAACGAAUUUGCCGGUGCAGCUUUCCGGUUCGGUCAUUCGCUCGUCCAAGGAAUCCAUCUUUUGUUUAAUCGUGAGAGGAAACGUGCAGAUUCGAUUCGUUUGAGCCAACACUUUUUCAAAUCGCAAACCGUGUACACGCCUGGCAAUUUGGAUAAAUUUCUAAUCGGUUUGGCCACUCAACCCGACCAGCAGGUGGACAACAUCGUUACCGAAGAGUUAACGAAUCACUUGUUCGAAGAGGAAGGCAAAGGUUUCGGUUUAGAUUUGGUGUCUAUUAACAUUCAACGAGGCCGCGAUCACGGUAUACCUGGAUACAAUGCUUAUCGCGUCCUGUGCGGCCUUAAAAAGGCACACAGUUUCGACGAUCUUCACGAUCACAUUUCUCGUCAGAUUGUAGACCAAUUCAAAUCGCUGUACGAGUCCGUCGACGACAUCGACCUGUUUAUGGCAGGCAUAUCCGAGCAUCCGGUUGCAGAUGCUCUGGUUGGUCCAACUUUCCAGUGUCUCAUAGCCGAUCAGUUUUUAAAACUCAAACGGGGCGACCGCUAUUUUUACGAUCUCGGUGGACAAUCCGGUUCAUUCACUGCAGAGCAAUUAAAGGAAAUCCGAAAAACGAGUCUAGCCCGUCUCGUCUGCGACAACAGCCACGUCAAAACUAUUCAACCAUCGCUCUUCAAAUCCGUCUCUAACCUCAACCCGAUCGUGGACUGUGAUUCGCCAUCGAUUCCUCGUCUUGAUCUCGCUGCAUGGAAAUUCGGAUCCCCUCAGGUUCAUGGCGAAAACGAUCGAGCCAAAUGGCACAUCGGCGACGGCGAUGUCGCUUGGCUUCCCGAUUGCGAUUUUCCCGGUGGUGACAUCGGAAAUGAGAUGAUCGAAGGGGAAAAAUGCGGCCGAUUGUGCAUCGACACGAGUGGAUGCAACGCCUUCGGUCAUCAUCACGGCCGCUGUUGGUUGAAAACGAUUCCGUCAACGCAAGGACGAUCGGCUGCCGAGGGCGGCGUUUGUGGUUUCCUUCCCUGGAAAUUUUGAUUCUGAACGUCGUCGUUGAGGUCGUUUUUAUUUUACCUUCUCACCUGUCAACUUUGCCAGUGCCAGUAAAACCGUGUAUUCAACCCACAUUUCUUGUAAUGUCAAUACAACAACAACGGCC